AUGACAGGACUGCUCGUUCAAGCUAUCAGAAGGCCAUGGGGUUGUGCGCAUUCCUAUUUUAUGUCCACAUUGAUAUCUGACGCUGCUGAAGAGCACAAUAAUCUAGUUGGCAGACUUGACAUUUCUUGCACUUCAUUCUUGCCUAUCUCACAGGAGAUUGAGGAGGAAAUCAAGCGUCAAGGAUCAGGGCUUGUCCAUCCCCCUACAGCAUCAGGAGGUUUGCAUGCAGAGGUGCAGAAAAAUAAUAGCCUGCUUGUCUUUUGGCAUGAUCCUCCAAAAAUAGACGCCGCGAAUUUCCUGAUCAAAGUUUGGGAGACCCAGUUACCCUCCAAUAUGUUGUACGAGUAUGUCCCGGCCUCGAACUCCAUAGGAUUACUUUUUAAAAAUCUGAAGGCCUACACAAAUUACUCCGUCACAGUAACCGACUAUCAAUCGGGCGAAUGGGUUGCCCUGGCCGCUGUGAGCAACCACACAUUCCCUGAACAACCAGAUGCUCCCUCAUUCAGUGGGAGCACAGCGGACACUCUAGUCGUCACAAUUCCACAAAAUUGGCCUAAUUUUUUCUACACAGCUGAGGUGCUUACUGCGGAAUCAGACUCGCUUCCAAGUUGGCGCGCUGUUGCCCGUAAUGCAACAGCAAAUGCAUGCAGGUUUGAGGGUCUUCGAGCGAACACUGGCUACCGAAUUACUCUACAAAAUUGUUCUCAAACGAAUCCACUCCUUUGCAGCCAAAAAUCCAAUGAAUCCCAUAUAUUUUACACCAAACCCAAGGAGCUAACCACCUUGUACACUGUUCACGUUAUCGCUUGUGCUCGUGGACGCUCCCUGAAGGCUCAUUCGCAUAGCACUUUCUCAACAUGCAUCAAUUACAAGGUUCAUUCAGCUUCUUUCAAUUAA